UUUACCUUCGCCUUAUCCAAAAAAAUCAAACGCCCGUUGGGAGAGAGAGAUGACUCUCCUCUUCAUCCACACCCCUUCUCUCUCCUCUCUCUCUUCUCCUUCUCCUUCACCAACAUCAUCAUUCCUAUCUGCAUCAAAUUUUCCCAUCACUGCAAACCCAUUCUUCAGGUUACGCAAGGAACUCAUUGAUUCUCGCCCAAAACUCUGUAAUGUCCGCAAAGAAAGAGUUGUUUCGGUGAUUGUUAAGGCAUCUUCUGAUGUUGAUGGUGUUGCUGAGCCUCCAUCUCCGUCGGAAGGCGAGGAACAGGCUGCUGCUGUUCCAGUUGAAAAUCUGCCAUUGGAAUCGAAGCUGCAAUUGGAUCUUGAAAAGAAGAUGAAGUUUAAAUUGGCUAAGAAGAUUCGGCUUCGAAGGAAGAAGCUUGUGUGGAAGCGCCGCAUGAGGAAGAGGGGCCGAUGGCCGCCUUCGAAGCUGAAGAAGAGCAAAAAUGUUUGAGAGCCUUUACAGGUUUAGUGCUGCUGACCCUAUUUUGUUAUGUCAAUUCAAUUUGCUUGUGUAAUCUCUGAGUAUCUUUCAUUUCUAUGUAAUCAAAUCUUUGUAGACAUAUCAAUAUUUUUUUUUGGAUAUGGUUUCAAUUGAAUCAUGGAUGAUAUAGUUUCACAUUU